AUGGAAGCUCCUAAAUUUGUCUUAUUUUCCUUGCUUCUUCUCAUGGCUUCUACUACUACAAGCUAUGCUCAACUCACUCGUGGCUUUUACCAACAUAUAUGCCCCAAUGUGGAGCAAUUGGUUCGCUCUGCCGUCACACACAAGUUCCAACAAACCUUUGUGACUGCUCCUGCCACUCUUCGACUCUUCUUCCAUGAUUGCUUUGUGCGGGGUUGUGAUGCUUCGAUUUUGAUUGCAUCUCCAAAUAAUAAGGCAGAGAAGGAUCAUCCUGAUGACAUUUCACUUGCUGGGGAUGGCUUUGACACUGUGGUUAAAGCCAAGGCAGCUGUUGAUGGGGAUCCAGGGUGCAGAAACAAAGUCUCUUGUGCUGAUAUUCUAGCUCUCGCUACUAGGGAUGUCAUAAAUUUGGCAGGGGGACCAUUUUAUAAUGUUGAAUUGGGAAGGCGUGAUGGAAGAGUAUCUACUAUUGCUAGUGUUCAACGCCAUCUUCCUCACCCUGAGUUCAAUUUGGAUCAGCUCAAUUCCAUGUUUAGCUCUAAUGGCCUUUCCCAAACAGAUAUGAUUGCAUUAUCAGGUGCACACACAAUUGGGUUCUCCCACUGCAACCGCUUCUCAAAACGAAUUUACAGCUUCAACCCCAGAAGUAGAAUUGACCCAACACUAAAUUUACAAUAUGCUUUCCAGCUUAGACAAAUGUGCCCUAUAAAAGUUGAUCCUAGAAUUGCUAUAAACAUGGACCCUGUCACGCCUCAAAAGUUUGACAACCAAUACUUCAAAAAUUUGCAGAAAGGAAUGGGUCUCUUCACUUCUGAUCAGGUGUUAUUCACAGAUGCAAGGUCAAAAGCCGUAGUCAACUUAUUUGCAUCAAAUGAAGGAGCUUUUCAAAAUGCUUUUGUUGAUGCUAUUACUAAGUUAGGAAGGGUUGGUGUUAAAACUGGAAAUCAAGGUGAAAUUAGAUUUGAUUGCACCAGGCCAAACUAG